GAUUGGACAUUGAUCCUAUGACGCAUGCCCGGAAAAAACAACUUUUCCUUCUGAAACAUCCAGCUGGUUCUGCUGGCCAGGCCUCGUCGCCAACAGGCAGCAGGAGGAUGGACAGGGCCAACGCAGAGCAGCGGGACGGAGAUGCCUCGAAGGCUCCAAAGUGUCCCAGUGGGUUUGUAGGGAAUAACAAAAGCAAGAGUUUGCGCGAAGUGCGAAAGACGUACCCGCUGCGGAGGCGGCUGCUCCCCUCGGUGAGCAAAAAGACCUGCAAGGUCCUCCUCACCAGGCUGGAGGAUGUGGCUGGCUCUCUGUCCAAACAGACCCCGAGCUGUAAAAAAAAGCACCUUGCCAGCUGGGUUGAGGGUUUGGGAUCUGCUUUGUUCUCGGAACAAGUUCAGCCUGUGGGAGCGGGCAAGAGUGACUCAUCCAGGGAGAAGUGCGCAGCAACUUAUCCCGGGCCGGAGCAGGACUUUGAUCCUGCUCCCUCGGAGCCCAGGAAGCGCCGGCUGGCCUCGCUGAACGCCGAGGCGGUGAACAACCUGCUGUUCGAACGGGACGAUGGCUUGUUAUCCGGCAGGCGCUUCCGCAGGGACUCUGGGAAGGCUGCUGGGGACUGUACCCUCAAGGGCUUGCAGUGCAAAGCCGGUGACAACUGGCCUGCCCUGGAAAAACCGGCUGUGAAAACAGGGAAAGGAAAGAACCGGCAUGAGCCCAGUCAGAAAUGCAAUAGCUGCGAGCGUUCGCUGGAUGAGGUCUUUGAUGAUGGGGCAAAGAGGGAGGAUGGUGCCAUCUCCUACCAUCCCACCCCAAAGAGACUGGCCAGCCUGAAUGCUGUGGCCUUCCUGAAGCUGACCCAUGAGAAAGACCAACCCCUGAAACAGAGGAGUAAAUCGGACGGGGAGGGCAAGUCUGAGAACCACUGUUCGAAAUCUACACUCAAAUGGGCCAAAGCCGGACGGAAGAACUGUGUCAAAUCCAAGAAGGAAGUGGCUAGCUUAAAAAUGGAUGGGCAGCACGGCUGGCAAGGCCAGACCGUGGGCACGUUUGGGAAAGGGGAGCAGCGGGACUCUUCCAGGCUCUAUGGGACAACAGAGCCCGUCCCCUACGAGUCGCUGUCUGGCUCCUACGCCAGCACGGAGGGCUUCUACCACAGACUGCCUUUGCUCAUGGGAGGACAAGCUUCCAUGAAGCCGGAGUAUGGAAGACCUGGAGAGAAAUCCCCAACCCCCAAACAGGAAUUUCAUCAGCCUUCCUUUCCCGUGCAGCAGUUCCCUCCCUUGCCUGUGCCCGGGAAUCACGCGGAUUGUGGAUGUCUCUAUGAAUCCUCAGAUCUGACUCCGAUGAACGGGUUUUAUGUUUAUUACGGCCAAAGCGGAUACAGUGGCUAUUCCCCCUGCUCCAUUUAUCCCAAGGACGAGCUGUCGCAGGCUGCGACCUGCGAGGGGCUCCUGGUAUCUUCCGGUUCCUUGCCAUCAGGUGCUCACUUCCAGCCCCUGCACUGGUGCAGCUCUCCGUACUGCUGCGGGGAGGGAGCAGCCGUGAGCAGCUACAGCGUCUGCGGCGUGGUGCAUGUGCCGGAGGGCAGGAUCGGCAGCGUGCAUGCGGGACGGAACAGCUACCCCUACAAAAUGCCUUUUGCAGCAGAAGGCUGCAAGUCUCUGGACCAGCUGAACCUCACAAUCCCGGUGGCAGGACACCCUGCGUCGCCUGCCCACCCGCUCUCAGGAUGUCCCGUGCCCAGCGUGCCGCCGGCUGCAGAGCCCGUUCCUCACCUGCAGACCCCCAACUCUGACCCUCAGACCAUGGCCCGAGAAUGCCCUCAGAGCUCCAAGCCCCCCAGCGGCUCCAAGUCGGGGCUGCGCAAUACUCCGGGCUGCCUGCACGCCUCCAACAGCAAAGCGGCGGGCGGCCACUCCCACCCCAAGCAGCCGCGCAUCGGCCGGCGCAGGGCCACCAACGGCUGGAUGCCCGUGGGCACGGCCUGCGAGAAGGCUGUCUACGUCGUGAACGAGCCGGAGCCGGCCGUGCGCAAGAGCUACCAGGCCGUGGAGAGGGACGGGGAGAUCAUCCGCGUGCGGGACACCGUGCUCCUCAAAUCCGGGCCCCGCAAGAAAUCCAUGCCCUACGUGGCCAAGAUCUCUGCACUCUGGGAGGACCCCAAGACAGGGGAGCUGAUGAUGAGCCUCCUGUGGUAUUACAGACCAGAGCACACUCAGGGAGGCCGCAACCCCAGCAUGCACCAGAAUGAGAUCUUUGCGUCGCGGCACCAGGACGAGAACAGCGUCGCCUGCAUCGAGGAGAAGUGCUAUGUGCUGACCUUCGCAGAGUACUGCAGAUUUUGUGCCUUGGCAAAGCGUCGAGUCGAAGGGAUCCCAGGCAGGAAAACCAUCAUGGUUCCUCCCUCGGAGGAGUAUUCCACCCCUCUGCACCGCAAGGUGCCCGAGGACACGGACCCCGAGCUGGUUUUCCUCUGUCGUCACGUCUACGACUUCAGGCACGGGCGCAUCCUGAAGAACCCGCAGUAGCGCAGCCGUGGCUCGGAGCGGGCGGCAGUGAGCGCCCCCCGUGGCCUGGGACACCUGUGCACUGUCACCCACCUCAUGCUGCUGCAGGUGGGAGCGCCCAGCGCUCCGCCCUGGGACUGGGAGCCUGCGAGGAGCGGAGCCCCUGGAGGGGGAGGCAGCAGCUGAAAGCACAGCACUUCAUUAAAAGCAUAAAUGAAAAUAUAUACGUAAAAAAAAAUAAAUAUAUGUAUAUAGAUAUAGGGAUUUGCAUAAGUAAAUCUAUAUCUAUAUAUGUAUGUAGAGCUGCAUCUAUUGGGAGGGUUUGCAGGGGAUAAAAGCCAGGAAGCAGUGCAGAGCCAUGGCUGGGGGAACGGCGCCAAGGUGCAGGAGGGAUGUGUCAGUGCAGUGUUUGUGGAGUCUGGCUGGGUCACUCGGGGGUUUUCGGGCCCUGAACUGAGCCCAGCUCUUGGCAGAGCACAGGAGAGUCUCCUUGGUUCCACAGGACAGACUCUGAGGAUUCCCAUGGUGAGAGCUUCAAAAUGCAGCUUGGGGAGCUGCCUGGGUGCAGAGAGGCCUUGUGUCAUGCUUGGAUAGGUGUUGCUCCACCAGGGGAAGAGGUGACCCCUGUUCUCCCCUGUCUUUUCCCUCACCUCCCCACCUAGACUGGAGCUUGGAGCUUGUUCCAUGGUGGAGCAGAGGGAGCUGGCAAGGUGGCAGGUGUCACACUGCAGUGUAGGGCUAGAGCUGGUCCUGUCCCAGGUGUCCUGGCUGAGCCCACAGGAUUUUAUGCCCCAUUCCCAUGGCCAAGCACUCACUGGCACUUGUCGCUUGGAAGCUUGGAGCUCAUAAAGUGGGCUGUGAUGGGGAGAACCAUGUUUCCUCUUCUCUUCUGAGUGUUGCUCUUCCUCUGAUGGCUCAGGGGGCCCUGGAUUUUCUCUUUCUUCCCAGUUUGUUUCCUGUAAUGUCGUUUACAGACCCUGCUUGUCCCCAUGUGUCUGCAGUGGGAAGAAGCCAGAGGGGGAAGUGGCAAACCCUUUUCUUAUGUGUUUUUGGCUUUUUAAAAUUCCUUCCCCACGUGACUGUCCUGAUCCUGGGAGUGCUGUUGAAGUCGUCAGCAGCCUCUCCCCCUCCAAACUCAUCCCAGUGUCUGAGCAAGCUCACCAAAGUGGCUUUGUGGCUCCUGAAAGGACCUGAGCAUCGGGAAAGGUUCGCAUGGACCGUGUGAGCCCGCAGGUCCUGCCUCUUGCCUUACCUGUACAGAUCCCAGACAGACCUUAGAUCCCAGACAGACCUUAGCUUAUCUCAACGCUAACUUGGAGUUAAUCCCAAAGCAAACCAAAGGACAGUGUCACAUCCUGGGGAGUCACUGCACCAGGCUGGGAGCCCAGCCCGAGAUUGCACUAACUUACAGCAGAACUGACCCCGUGCCACCCAAAUUCCUGCUGGCUGGAGCUGCUCACUGAAUCGAGGGAUCUGCAUUUUCCCAGUCUUUUGGGGCUUCUGAACUUGUGUUCCAUGGUGGAAGUGUUCAUUCUGCUUUAAUGUCCUGUCAGUGGAAGCAGCAUUCCCUGUACUCCCUGGGGACACAGGGCUUGUCACCUUGCUCCAGUGGCCACACACCUGCCCGGCCUGGAGAGAAAGCCCAUGGCAUCCAGUUCCUUCCAUGGAAUAGUUCAGGCAUGCAGGAGUUCUCCAGAGAUUUGCUCUACAUACCAAAGAGGGAAACGUGUCUGGAGGCAAUGGCUGGAGGGGAUGACAAGGUCUGGCACCUGCCACAGCAGGCAGGCAUCUCCCUGCAGCUGGUGGAUGAUUCCUGCUGGAAAAUUCCUGUUUAUUCCCACCUGCAUAGCCCAGGGAGAACACCCAGCUCCAAGAAGGGGGAUCCCAGGUGUGCAAGCAAGAAUUGUCAGGUGAAGCAUCUUCUCUCACUUAUACCUCAAGAUACUGUUGGUGUCAAAGGGAUUGCCCAGAUCUCUCCUGAACAAUUAGCUUUGCACUGGGGGUCUCUUGGAAUGACAUGGUGGGGCUGCGUUGGGUUGGGAAGUGGUGGCACUGUGGGGACACUCGGAUGAAGGGGUGCAAGGAGGCAUUGGAGAUUGUGCUCUCUGAUGCUUCUGGGGGAGGAUAUGAAGUGGUUUUCCCCUGAGCAGGGAGGGAGGAUGCUGGAGAAGUGAAGCUGCUCCUGCCUGUGACACGGAGGGAAUGGCAUCUGCUCGGCCAUGGGGGGAGUGCAGCAGCUGCAUCCCACAGUGAGUGGGAGGUGAUGGGAAGCUCUAAAUCCACGUGUUUGGUUUCAUGGGGACUCCUUUGUCCCUGAACCUGAAGCAGGAGAGCUGCAGUGGCCAUUUCUCCCUGGCAGUGCUUUGGACACGGAAUGCUGCCGGACCCACCAGCCAGGUGAGCCUGAGCACUGCUGCAGCUGGGCCCAGGUGUGAGACCCAGCCUUGGAAACACAGUAACUCACUGAAAUUCCUCCUUCUGCCCCAUCUCCCCCUGCUCCCACCUUGUCCUGGCUCCUCUCCAUGUAGCAGGGAAGUUAUCCUUGCCCUGGGUCCAUAACGGGCUCCGGUCCAGCUCUGGAGAGGACAAACCUGAACUCUUCUCAUGUUGAAUCUGCUUCAGGCCAUGAACAUUGAGGUUCACGUGGUUGCUGAUGCUGUUGUGCAAACAGCAUGUAAAUGAACUGAAAUGUCUUAUCCCUAAUGAAAAGAUUUCCUGCUUUUUUAAUCUAUUAGAUAUGGAAAUAUUUUUUGAAACUGAAAAAUGCAGUCGGUAGAAUUUAAAUUGAAGCGUAAUACAUGUAAAAUAUAUUUUAGUUGAUAAUUUUGUAAAAUGCACUUUUUUGUGUCUCUUCCCUGGUUUCCCAGAUCUGUAUUUCAUUGUUUACAGAUGGAAUGAGAACAUUCCCUAUUCCCUCCUUCUGUGAGAAAGAUAUAUUAGAAGUAAUUCUUAAAAAAUAAAUUUGAAAAAUCGUAUUGAUUUAGAAAACAAACCAGUGCUGGACUGUUCUUCCCAUUCCUGCAUGAACUUCCAGCCUAGACCUGGUGGUUGCAGGAGUUAGGAUUGCUUGGGAUCAGAUGUGGGUGCUCAUGGUUGUGGGAUGAGCAAUUUGUUGGGUUUUCCAUGGAAAUAGAGCAAGUGGCAGCAGGAUAGGCAGGGAUUGACUGACUUUUCUCCAGUCUGAUCUUGACAGCCACAGUCGGUGGAGUAUUUGAGUCUCUGCUGUCCAAGCAGGGCAGGUAGUGGUGACAGAUCUUGUUUCAGCUAGGCUUUAGGAGCCCUGAAGGAAGCAUUUGGGAAGGUUCCUUUGGAAAAGUGUCUCCCUUGGAAUGCUCUCUCCACCAGCUUCUGCCAUCUGAGUGUCACGGCCCUGUGGCACCAAGCGCCACCUGCACCCUGAGGACAGGUCCCAUUAGCUGAGCCAUCUACACAGACAUCCCAAGGGGCCAGAGGGAUUCCAAGUGGGAGAAGAGCAGACAGGAGUCAAAUAACCUGCUUGAGGAGCAGUGAGGAGCAGGAUCAUGGGAUUGGGAGUACCUGGUGGGAAUGUCUGCAGCCACAUGCAGCUGAGAGCUGUUCAGGGGGGCUCCCAGCCAGCCACAGAGCUUGGGGGUGCAAGGCUGAAGGCACAGGCAUGAGCAGGGGCUUUGCAGGGGCUCCUGCACACUCAUCCUCAGGGGGAGCAGCUCCCGUGGCCCUGGGUGGUGACACAGCCACUCCCACACAUCCCGAGCCGUGGCUCCUCUGGAGCUGUCCCAGGCUCUUCCUUGACUUUCAUGAUUUCCAUUCCAUGUUGAGAUGUUCUGCUGCAUCCUGGGGCUAUGGCUCUUGCAGCCUGGGGAGGGAGGGGAUGAGUUCUGGGAGCAAAAUGGGCAGAAGGAAAGAGUAAUGUCUGACAUGGAAUUAGCUCCUAAUUUCAGAGAAGGGAGCAAGAGGCACAUGUGGCUUAUGGCCUCAAUGCACAUUAGCUGGGCAUGGCAUCCAUAGCCCUUGGAUAAUCCAUUGGACCCCAGCUGCAUCUUUUGAAAAUUUGCAGCAUCUUUCACUUCCAGGUCACCUUGAGCAGGAGAUUCUGAGAUGGUCCUGUUGGAUGAGCUGGGGUUCCUCAGUCCCUGUUCCCCUGCAGCCCUGCUGGCACCACACAUGUUCUUAAAUUCCUGAUUAAAUUUCUUCCUAGCAUUAGGAAUUUUGCUAGAGGAUUCUUGACUUUUCCUUCUUGCUCCCAGCCUUGUCAGCACAGCUUCUCACAGGGAGCUGCCAGAAGCACAGACCUGGAGAAGCAGAUCAAACCAAGAGAAUUCCUGAAAAAGGAAACCACAGUGAUGGAGUGAAUUCAUCUGGGAAUUUUCCUCCCAAGGGGAGGAAGGAGCUCAUCCAGGGACAUGUACAUUUGUGAGCUGCUGUGGGAUUACUGAGCAUGAUAUUCCCAACCCCAUGGCCUGGGAUUUCUGCUGAAGAACCAAUUUGAGAUUUCCCAGUUGGGUUUAAUGUGAUCUGGUUCCUGGGAGCCAUCAGUGAUGUGGGAGCCAGAAAUGGAACAGAAACCUGCCCCCUAUGUGUGACCCACGUCCGCCUCUCGUGCUUAUCCAGGUAUCGAUGCUCCCUCAGAGAGGUCCUUUGGAAAGACAACCAAGAAGAAGCUUUUCCAUCCCCUCUCCUCCUGCGUGGUGAGCUGUCACCAGAAGGAUAAUCUGUGGCAGGCUGAAAAGUUGGGAUUAAUGUCAAACAAAAUUGGAUUUACUGCUGAAAUCUGCUACCCGAGGGAGGCGUAUGGAGCCGUAUCCGGCUCUCCUGGAUCUGACAUUCAGCAAACUGCUCUUGUGUCAUGACUGACGCUGCCAGGAAUGUUCUGCUGCCACUGUGGCAGAGUCCUUUUGGCCGCAGGUUGUCCUUGGAGUCCCCCAUGUGUCAGGAAGGCGUGGGCUCACCGGCUGGAAAGCGUGAGGUGUGUGGUGUGGCCAUUGGAAUCCCGCCCGGCUUUGGCCAGCUAGGCAUCCCCUGGCAGGUUCUGAUGUCCAGCAGUGGUUCAGGUACCUGGCAGAGCCAACCUACUGUGUCCCAUUUCCCUCAUUUCCAGGUGUGGUGUCUGAAGGUGACAGAGCCUUGUGGCAAUUGCAGGGAGAAGGAGGCAGUUGGGGUGCAGGGAAGGAGCUGUUUGGGCUAUGGGCACUUCCGGAUGCUUUGGAUAAGGUUUGGGCACCAGGAUGAGCAUGCUGAGAGGGUGAGAGCUGCUGACCUUUGGGAGUCAAUUCUUUGAGAAGCACAGCAGUGUCCUGCAGAUUCAGGGAUGCUGGUGUGGCUCUUUGUUCUGCUUUGGAGCAGCUCUUUUUUCCAGGGAAAGUGCCAGCUGGUCUCCUGAUGCUGCUGUGGGAGCCUUCCUGGGGUUUCCUCACCUCACUCCCCACAUGUCCCAGCCAAGCAGAUCCAGAGCAGCAUCCAGGACUGGCUGAAGUGUCUUCCCACCUGGAGUGAAAGCCACGAGCUCCUGCUUGCGUUUAACUGGGGCUUUAAUGCUGCUGAUUAUAAUUGGCUGUGAUUGUGCCAAAAACCCUGCGAGCCAAGAGACAGGAGCAGUUGGGACUGUCACAUGAACGUGACAGAGUGCUCCAGCUCUGUCCCUGCCCAUGGAGGAGCUGUGCAGGGAGUGGGAUUUGUCCCAUCACUGGUGGCAGGAGCAGCCCUGGCAGGGUUAGUGCCACACAGGGAAAAGGGAUACACAUCCCCUUAAGCUGGUGGCUCCAGGGACCUGAGUGUGGGCAAUUUUUUGUUUUACUGUGCCCUUCUCACCCCGUCCAUGUGGGAUAAACACUUGGCUCAGUGAGCUGGGGGCUUGAGAGGAGAUAAUGGAUAACUGCUUGCUAAUCCCUGCAUGCCAGCGUUGGCUCUUGCUGCUCCAUGUUGCUCCAAAUGCUGCAGUGGCAGCACAGGGAGCCCCCAGCUCUGCUGGCACAGGCUCCAUCCAUGGGAAAGCAGCCGCAGCCUCGCAGAGCCGCUCUUGGAAUGGCUUCUGCACUGCCUGUGUCACUCAAAGCUGAAUUAAAAUGAGCUUGAGCUUUCCGUGUUCUUCUCCAGCUGCUGCUCCUGCCAUGGCUGCAUCCCUGUGCCCAAAACCUCAGGGUCCUGGAGCAGCAGUGUGGGGAACCAUUUUUCUGGAAAUGUCAAGCUGGACAUUCCUGGAGGCUCUUUCCUGUGAUAAAGCCCUUGGCAGAAAGGUAAUUCCUAUCUGGCCCUUGGGAAGGGAACUGUGCUGAGGGGUCAUAUGGGGACUGGCCAGGACUCUACUGCUUGAGCUUCCUGCAAAACCCCAAAAUCCAGCUAAAUCACCCCUUCAUACAUGAAUUUUCCUUAAAUUCCAAAUGCCAGUCUGGAAAACAUAUUGAGAGCUCUGCAGGGCCACUGGGAGUGGCACUGGGCAAUGCGAGAGACUGAGGCCAAAAGCAGGAAGAAAAGGAAAACAACAAGCCCAAGAAUCAGGGGAACAGAGGAGGAACCAGGUGAGCACUGCCAGGUGUGCUGGGAAAGGCAUCCAACCUCCAUGUGUUCCAUAUGGGAUGGGACUCACCGAGGCAGUGGGAAGUUGCAGCACAGCACUCAGUGCUGGCCUCAGGGUUGUAAUUAAUAGUGGGAGAUGCUGAUUAAUAAUUGGAGGUGGUAAAAGGGGAUACCUGGGCUGGGAUGAAGCCGAGGGGCUGGCACGGAGCGAGGGGUCUCUGGGAGCACGGUGUUGCCAUAGGGAUCCAACAGCUUCUCCGUCAGAGCCUCCGGCGAGAGCAGUUAAUCCAUUUUUAAGAGGAAAGGAUAUUUAAUAAAGGGAACCAUUUAAACUGGAUUUACAAGG